UUUGAAUGGUAGGGCACUUCGGCCUGAACGCUAAAUCAUUACGGUUCUAGAUUCCAAUUAAGUAAAACUGAAAUAUUUUAAACGAAACGACACGACACUCGAUGAUGGAUCAGAUAAUGAUGGCAUUAGUUUUGAUUAGCAUUUUUAGUAUAGCAAAUGGACAGUUAUCCUGCUACGUCUGUACGGAUUGUCCAUACAUUGACGCCGAUAUGGUGUCUCAACCAUGUGAUUUUGUGUCGCCACCUGAUACUACUACAACUACGACGCUGAGUACGACAACUCCACCACCGGAGACAACAGUUAUGCCGCCGGAAACAACAAAUUUGCCUCCGGACACAACAACUUUGACGCCGGACACAUCACCUUCAACACCAAAUACACCGCCGACCGCCACCACCACAAGUAUCAUUCCGCCCACAAUAUCUAAUUCGUCCUCACAAAACGAUUUGCUGAUAAAUGAAUCAAUCAUCGAAGUGACGACCGAUAAAUCAACGGAUCUAUCGGACGAAAAUAGUGAUAGAACACAAAUUUCACUCGGUCCACCAUAUAGGAAGUUGAUCCACCAAACGACUGGAAGUCAACACCACUGUUUUCGCAUUGGAAGAACCGUUGGCGAUAGAACAGAAGUGGUUCGUGGAUGUGUGGUUCCGGCCAAUACGAUACACGAAACAUGCGUCCGAGCGAAUAAUGGUAUUACUCCAAUAAGUUGUCGCAUUUGUCAGAACAACGAAUGUAAUGCUACGUCGCGGAAUACUUCGAUAUCAGUAGUUCUAUUGCUCACGACAAUUGUAUCCAUAAGAUUUUUGCGAUAAAUUUCAUUCAUCAA